AUGCCCUUCAGCAUCCCAUCCAACAUUUGGGACCCAUUCUUCCCUCUUGGACCCCUAUUCCUUGUCGUUUCAUCAGCUGUUUACGACUCUGACUUUGACCGUAAGCGAGCUGAGGCAAGUGAUUGCGUUCUCGAAGUUCUCGCCAACGGUGUCGUUGUCGCCGUUGAACCAAUCAACUCUUCAUCACAGGGUAGUGUUGAGAUCUCGAGCAAUCCCUUCAGAGCUUCAUGGGAAGUCGAGUUUACUUACUGUCAGACCUGUGGUAACAGUAGCAGGAUUGUUGGAGCUAUUGUUAACAAUGUUGUUGCCAAGCUUGCUCCUGAGGGUGCGACCGCGACUCCUAUUCCCUCAAUUCCCGUCAGGACUGAGCCUCUCACUGGUACCAUCAGCGAGGAGGCUGCUACCAACAGUGAUGGAGAGACUGUUGCCCCUACCGGAACUAAUAGUGAGGGUGCCACUACCAGCUCUGAGGGAGAAACUGUCUUCUCUACUGAUACUGCCAUCAACACCAAUAGCGAGGGUGCUACCACUAACAGUGAAGGCGAGACUAUCUUCCUAACUGAGACGACUUCUGAGACUGUUGCUGGGACUGGAACUGCUACUGGAACUACUACCGGCACUGCCUCUUCUACUUCUUCUACAGCCACCUACCGAGCUGGGUUCCCCGGCGAUAUUGGUGUCUUUAGUCUCUUUGGAUGCGUUGGAUCUACUGCUGGCUUUCCUAGCUUCACUCUCGCUCAGUCCAGCGAGUUUAUGGAUUUGGAAACCUGCGCUGAUCUCUGUACCGGACGUGCUUACUUUGGUGUCUAUGAUACUGCUUGUUAUUGCGGCGAUGUUAUCGAUGCUGCUGAUACCAGCAGAGUCACCCUUGAUCUUUGCGAUAUUGAGUGUCCUGGAGAUGACACCCACCCCAACGGCUCCAAUGGUAGCAGUCCCAAGGACACAGAACCCAGCGUUGUCCCUGUUAUCAGCGGCGCUGGUAAGCAGGCCAUUGGUAUACUUUCUCUUCUUGCUGCAAUUACAGCCCUUUUCUAA